AUGUCUGCGGCAAACGGCACCCACGCGGGGCUCUCCUCCUUCCUUCUGCUGGGAAUUCCGGGGCUGGAAGCGGCCUACCAGUGGCUCUCCAUCCCCCUCUCCUCCAUGUACGUUGUGACUGUCUUGGGGAACAGCGCCCUCCUCUUCAUCAUCCGGGGGGAGCCCAGCCUCCACAAGCCCAUGUACCUCUUCCUCUCCAUGCUGGCCGCCGUUGACCUGGUCAUCUCCUCGGCCACCCUGCCCAAGACGCUCUGCAUCUUCUGGUUCAAGGGUGGCGAGAUCAGCUUUGGCGGAUGCCUGGCUCAGAUGUUUUUCAUCCACUCUUUCUCUGUCAUGGAGACUGCCGUCUUGGUCGCCAUGGCAUUUGAUCGGUACGUGGCCAUAUGCUUCCCCCUGCGCUAUGAAUCCAUCCUGACCAGCCCGGUGCUUCUCAAGAUCGGAGUGGCUGUAGUCUUGCGAGCGUUCGCUCUGAUCACGCCCCUCCCCAUCCUGGCAUCAAGGCUGCCGUUUUGUGCAAGCAACAAGGUGCCCCACACGUACUGCCAACACAUGGCAGUGGUGAAGCUGGCCUGCGCUGACGUCACCCUUAAUAGCCUCUACGGGAUGGGCGUGGCCCUUUACGUGGGCCUCUUUGACGUCCUGCUGAUUGUCUUGUCGUACGGCCUGAUCCUGCGGGCCGUCUUCCGCCUGCCCUCCAAAGAGGCUCGGCUCAAGGCUUUCAACACCUGCGGCUCCCAUAUCUGUGUCAUCUUAAUUGCUAUUGUGCCCGGGCUUUUCUCCAUUCUGACCCACCGCUUCAGCCACAAGGUGGCCCCCCAUGCACGCAUUCUGUUGGCCAACCUUUACUUGCUGGUGCCCCCCACCCUGAACCCCAUCGUAUACGGAGUCAAGACCAAAGAGAUCCGUGACAGAGUGUUCCACGUGUUUUGGAAGAGGAGAAGAGCUGCCCUGAAGACGCCGGCAGGAGGCAUGGAAUAG